UCACGUAAAUGUCAUUGACCGAAAUAUCACACGUAAGGUUUCGUUAAUGGGAUUGUAUUGAUAAAAAUUGAUUUUGUGUUAAUUCUAUUUAAAAGUGAAUACAAAACAGUUGCUACAAUGUGGCUCGACCAAGCGGACGGUUUCGCGGAGAUAUUUAAAGGAUAUCUACCGUAUUAUUUGCUAGUCGUUUUUCCAAUUUUUAUAAUAAUGUCGCCCGCGAACCCUGUUGCCGCUUCACAUGAAUUUUCUGUGUAUAGAAUGCAACAAUAUGAUCUACACACCGUACCCCAUGGAUGCCGCAGUGCAAGCUUCAAUCUCGAAGGCCGCUCCUUGACCUCCUGGAGCAUGUCCCGUCACUGUGUCGUUGCCCGUAUCCAGGAUAUUACCAUUGACCAGUUUGUCGAAAUCCGCAACAAGGCUGGAGCUCUGCUACUAGUGUUGCCAAAGAAUGAUACAAUGCUGACAGAUGAGCAAAAAGAGCAUAUUAAACUUUUGGAAAUGGCGAUGAUGCAGCAAGAAAUCAGCGCUCCUGUCUAUUUCGCUGAGUGGACUCCGGACUUUGAAGAUAUCAUCAAAGAUCUGCAGCACAGCUUUAUCACUGAUGAUAAAUCAGGAACAGCUCUUGAAGCCAUGUUUAACACUGUUUCGUCUAAUGGCUAUCAGAUUGUUGUAUCGGCACCAAAUCCUCAGAAAAUUGACUCCAAGCCUGUAACGAUUCAUGGAAAACUGGUUGGCAGAUCUAGUACACCUCAGACUAUUGUGAUCGCUGCACAUUACGAUUCUUCAAGUAUUAUACCGGAACUCUCCAACGGUGCUGACUCAAACGCUUCAGGUGCAGUUGCAGUAUUGGAAUUAGCGCGGAUCUUCUCUCGUCUAUACUCCUCUGUUGCUGUUCGCGGUGGCCCGUCUCUUGUCUUUGUCCUUAUGUCGACCGGUCAUUCAUUGAACUACUUUGCCACUAAAAAGUGGUUGGAGGAACAGCUGGAUUCAUCGGAUGCAUCUUUGUUACAGGAUAUAUCAUUUGCAAUGUGCUUAGACUCUAUAUCAUCUGGACCGCUCACAAUGCACGUAUCAAAGCCACCUAAAGCCGGAACCCCUGCCCAAUCCAUGAAAUCAAGACUGGGCGUACCGCUUGUCCAUAAGAAGAUCAACCUGGCUGAUGAGCUACUCGCAUGGCACCAUGAAAGAUUCAGUAUAAGGAGAAUGACUGCGUUUACGCUCAGUUCUUUGCAGAGUCACAAAGAUCCAUCCCGGAGCACAGUAUUGGACACCCCGUCGGAGAGCUCACUCAAGACUCUCAUCGCCAACGUGCAGGUGACGGCCCGCGCACUCGCCUCGCACAUCUACAACUUGACAGACGAAGAAAACACAGAGGAUUCAGAGCUGUUUGAUGACGCAUUGACCGUAGACGAAUCGUCCAUUAGACAUUGGUACAAAUACCUAUCAUCACAAUCCCGAGCACCACAGAUUAUAACGACAACAACUAAUGGAGGCGUGUCGGGCGCGCUGGAGCGCGCGCUGUCCCGCUACAUGGAGGUGUCGCUGGGCGCGCCGGGCGUGGACCGCCGCGAGCCCGAGUACGCGCUCUACGCGCCCACGCGCGCGCUGCUCUACGUCUACAGUGUGAAACCGGCAGUUUUCGACUUGAUUUUGACGCUUGCCAUCAUCGCUUACCUCACUCUCGUAUACUUCGUGAUACAGUUCUUCCCAAAAUUCUACGAGGAGUACGCCAAGGUUAUAACCGGUAAGGUGAAAAUUAAUUAGUUUGAUGAUUUUCAACUUCAUCAAGAAGCUUUAGAGUCGAUAUUAGGAUAACGAUGUACAGUAUAUGUUUGGCGAAAUCAGAUUCUCAGUGAUUUGGUAGAAAAAUUAAAAUGAAGGUUAAUUGAAUUUGAUCUUAAUGUAAAGUCGAAAAUAAAGUACAUUUAAAAUAAUGAAAAAAUACAAUACAAUAUUUUAGUCUAUGAUAUACAUGUAUCAAAUUAUAUUUGAAAGGAAGUAGAUUUUCUUAUAAAUUAAU